AUGCUAUCGGCUCAGCCCCGAAAGUCUAUUAUUGAACUUGCCGAAGACUCCGGUCUCUUCGACAUUAAUGCAUCGGACCUUGUGUUUGAAGCAUCAGCCAACGGUAUUUGCUACUAUGAUUUCGUCUUGAGCUGUCGUCGCUGCCCAGCUUCUGAGGGUAACGGCAAAAUGCUUUACUUGGCCAAAUUCGACGAACGUGUUAACCUUGAAGUAUUCGAAACUGCUCAUAUUCCUCAAGAACUCUUCGAUGAUGGAUUGCCACAACAUGAUCUUGGACUCAUGACACUCGGAGUCCUUGUCUGGAAACAUGUUAUCGCCAAAUCGAAGGUUCUGUGUUUGGUUCGUAACAUGGAUGGUGACAACACUCAACCAUUGGAAGCUCUGAAACGUGCGACCUACAAAUUCUCCGUCAAUCAUCAUGUUCAAACAAUGGUGCCACGUCGUAUGUCAGUCUCAUCAGGUUCCUCUUUUGGUAGUAAUCAUUCUUAUUAUUCUGAGGGUAUGCGUAUGAGAAUUCUCCUUUGUCAAUCUAGAAACCAAGUAGAACACAUCCCAGCUCAAGCUGUUCGUGAAACCAAGGCCCUUCUUAACCCAUCUAGCAAUCCAAUUCUCUGUCUCUGCUUCCCAAUUGUGUGA